AUGGAAACGAUUACUGCCACGAUUGUUCGAUAUUCUUUUGUGACAAAGCAACCUGCCUCUAUAGUUUUUCAUUUGGCAUUUCCAUUUUUUGAACUUAAUUUGAUCUUAUCUAACUGGGAAACGAAUCCAAAUAUAAAUCGUAAAAACUUUAUAUUUAACUCUCUGUUUCCUAAUAUAACAACCGGCGAUUCAAAAUCAUAUUCAACUGAUCGAUAUAUAUCAAAUAAUGUUACGUCGUGGAUUCGAGAUUGUUUAUCUUAUGUGCACUCUCAGUAUGAAAUUGUACCAUCCCUUAUAGACGAAAAUAUUACAAUAUCUUUAAACGAUAAUUUAUGUGAUACACUUGAACCAUGUUCACAACAAUGUAUAUUAAUUGAUCAUAUAGAAUCUGCGCAUAUUUUAAGCGAAUCUCCUAUGAUAAAUUCUACAAAAGAAAUUGAAUAUUCACGUUUUAAAGAACUUUUACAUGAUGACGAAAUAGAGUGUAAUAAAAAUAAUUGUUCUCAAGAAACUUUAUAUUCCUCAGCGUUACCAGAGCAACGCAUUGAAUCACAAAUCAUGAAUAAUGAAAUCGAUACAUGUUCCAAAUUUUAUUCGGCGGUAGAACAGCAAGACGGAUUUUUGAAUUCUCCAACAAAAUUCUUGGAAUCAUCUCUUGAAAAAUCUCGCAAUAUUGAAUCAUCUAACAACAUUUCACAUGACAUACAACAAAUAGAAGAAUCUUUACAAAUGACACAAUCAGUUUCAAGUAUUGCGUCACAAGAAUGUGAAACUUUUGAAAAAAUAGAAAACAACGGUGAACGAUGUCUUUUGGAUAAUUCUCUAUAUGUAACUGUUGUCCCUGAAGAAGUUGUAUCUCCAACCAAAGAGGAUUCCAACAUUCCAAUACCUAUAGAACGUGCUCCAGCAUCUCUCGCUGACAUACCUCUUGACAUUUUCAUCGAAAUAUGUUACCAUCUACCACCAAACUCCCUCUUCGCGCUUAUUG